CUAAUCACAGUCGUUGAACUUUAAAGGUAAAGAGCGCGAAUCGUUACAAACCCGAUAGACAAUAUUGUGUGUUCAUAAAUAAGUUAUCAAUAAAAAAAAGAAAAAGUAACGGUUCGAUUUGCAAGACGUUUUGAAAGUUGGCAGUGACGCUGUUGACGACCAUUUUCCAAUAAACGUUGCUGUCUGGAAAGGAAUGUUGAUUUUAUUCAAUUGUUCCUAUUUAGUAUGUUGUUACUCUUUAGUGUGUUCAUUAUUAAUGUUCCAGUUAUUUGUUUUGGAAUCAAAUCAAUGAAAGAUGUUUUUCUGGAAUUUGAUAGCCGCACGCAUCAGUUUGAUGCGCGCUCAAAUUGUCCCCGCGCCGAAUCGGAUGUUUUCCGCCAUCGGAACCCGGAACUCUGCGGUCCCGUCGUGUUGUUUCCACUGUGAGGACGGCAGCCAUCGUUCCAAACAUGUCCACGUAGAAAACGAUAACUACGUAGCUCGGUAGACAGUCAAUGGAGAUGUCGUUGAUAGAUGAGAUGGGCUCCGGCACUCCCCUGGCGAACCUGCUGAGGACGAGCGGGAAAGAAAAGGGAUGGAUGGACCCGGUACCGUUGCCUUGCCCUCCCUCACCCGGCCCCACUACUUUUUUUGUCCCCCUGCCAUGUGACCUGUGACGCCAUCGGCAGUCGCCAAGCGCGCCGAUUUUGCCGAAGUUGCUCAUUUUCAGUGGCCAAGAUGGCGCCGAGCCUCAAGUUGGCGCGUCCCAAAAAGAGGACUCCUUCACCCGUCUUUGGCUCGCGCUGAGGGGGCCGCGACCACCACGACCGUGGCGGCCUGAGGAAGAGGAGGAGGAGGAGGCGCACUCGGAAUGGGCAACUCGUCCUUCGCAGCGGAGGCCAUUUUGAGAGCCGAAGACGUUCAAGGACGCCGGAACGUUCGCCUCCUCUCCUCCUGUCGGGAAACGCGCGGCAGGCGCUGCGGCGGAUUAACGUCAAGUCGUCGAGAGAAGAGAAAGACUCCGAUGAUCUCCGCCGGCGAUGGCCAAUUCCCCCGGGACUACAGCGGCGGGGCGUCGACGUCGCCGGAUCGGCGCCGCAGGUCGGCGGCGGCCGGCGGCGCCGACGCCCCGAACGGCGGACUUGGGAAACUGUCGCUAGGGGGCGCCGCUCGAGGACGACAGCAACAAGCUAACUACUGGAGCUUCAAGAGUCGGACGCCGCGGCCCAGCCCCACGCGGACCGGCCGAGUUCCCGGCGAGCGUCCGGACGUCACGGCGGACUUCCACGCGCCCGGCGGCUUCAGCCGCGCCGACCGACUGCGCCGGAGUCUCCCGCUCGCCCGAUCCUCCGCCAACCCGGCCAAGCUGCACACGCCAGGCGUCCUCUUCCUGCAGCUGGGCGAGGAGACCCGCCGCGUGCACCUGACCCACGAGCUGUGCAGCCUGGACACCCUGCGGGCGCUCAUCGUGCACAUGUUCCCGCAGAGGCUCAGCAUGGCGACCCUCAGGUCUCCCGGCACGGCGCUGCUGAUCAAAGACGAGAGCCGCAACGUCUUCUACGAGCUGGAGGACCCGCGAGACGUCCGCGACCGCUGCGUGGUCAAAAUCUACUGCAAGGAGCCCGCCGUCUACGGGACGUACCCGGGACGCCGCGACUGGCGCCCGCUGGCCAACGGCGACCUCAGGCGCGAGAUGGUGUACGCCCCCCAGGACUCGCCCCCCAGCCAGCGCCCGUGCCCGCCGGCCGCGGCCUCGCCGCCUCAAGGCUCGCCGUCGAGGACGCGCUUCCUCUUUGGCGGGGGCGGCGUCCGUCCCUCCUCUUACGCCGGGGCGGCGGCGCGGCGGCGCACCGCGUCGCCGGCCUUCGGGGCCUCUUCCGGCGCCAUCUUGGAACGUCGCGACGUGAAGCCGGACGAGGAGGCGGGCGGCGCCCGCGGCGUGAUGCUGCUGCGGGCCGACGAGCGCAGGGGGGGCGGCGUCUACGCCGACCCCUACUCUCUGGGCCUGGACGCCUGCGCGGGGCUCGCCGGGACGCCGCGCUCGCCGCUACCCAGUCGCGGCGACCCGUACGGCUCGUUGUACCGGCGAGGAACGGGCGGCGCGGCGGUGUGUUCCAUGAUGGAGGGCGGCGGGCUCUACCGGGCAGGCGGCGCCCUUUACGACGACGCCCACGCGGCCUCCGUGUUGGCCGUGGGUCUGCACGUGCCGCCGCCUUCCUCCCCGCAAAACAUUCCCGACGCGCGCGACGCCUACGGCGGCACGCUGCCGUCCCGCGGCUCGCCCUCCAGGGGGGAGCGUCGGCGCGACCCGCUCGUGUCGUCUGCGGGCGGCGACGGCCGCAGAAGUCGCGGGCUGACCUCGGAGCAGCUUUGCCUGAUGGCGGCGGCGGUGGCGGGAGGCGACGGGAUCGGAGGAGACGAGACGGAAACCAGGGAGCGCAUGGAGGUGAUGGAGAAGCAGAUCGCCAGCCUGACAGGCCUCCUGCAGCGAGUUCUCAGCAGAGCGGCUGAAGACCACAGCCCGGAGAAAACAGAGUCGGCCAGCGACGGCUCGGGGACCGAACCUGGACGUGCUAAAAAACGCAGAGCCGCGACGCCGUCGGCCCCCCUGGCGCUGAUGCCGCCUCCGCCUCCGAACGUGUCGCACGUGCAGAUGCAGCGCCACCUGCUGGGCCUGCAGCAGAGCACCAACGCGCUGCGUACGCAACUGUCGCAGCUGCGCCACGUGCAGCUGUCCAAUCAGGACUCCGUGAUGGCGCUGCUGAGGCAGACGGAGGCGGAGCUUAGCGUCCUGACGCUGGACGCGGCUCGCACGCACGAGGAUCCUCUGCAGAGACAGCGCCUCCUGGUGGAGGAGGAGCGCCGCAAGUAUCUCACCCAGGAGGAGGCGCUGGCGCACAAACUGCAAGACCUGGAGCGCUGGGUGGAGGAUCUUCGGGAGUCGUCCGACGCGCGGCCGAGAACGGCGGUGAGCCAGCGGGACCUGCGGCAGAAGACGCAAGAGCUGAAAACGCUGGCGGAGACGCUGGACCGCCUGAAAAGCCAGUUCCCGGGCCUGCAGAGCAAGAUGCGUGUGGUGUUGCGCGUGGAGGUGGAGGCGGUCAAGUUCCUGAAGGAGGAGCCUCAGCGGCUGGACGCGCUGCUGCGACGCUGCGACAGCAUCCGAGACUCGCUCAGCUCGCUCCGCAGUCAGGCCAGCGACAGGGAGCCCGAGGACCCGUCCGGCCAGUCGCAGACGAGUUGUCCCCGCGGCCCGACGGAGAAGACGCCUCCCGUGAGCUUUCGGAGUCGCGCCGGGCCCGAGAAAAGCCUCAACGCCCAGGCGCACGUGUCCGCCGACGUCACGCUGGCGGCGGAGCGCGACUGGGAGGAGAAGCGCGCCAGCUUGACGCAGUUCAGCGCGCAGGACAUCAACCGCCUGCUGGAGGCCACGCAGGCCCAGCUACUGAAGGCGCUCCCGGACCUGGACUUGGCCGCCAAGACCCCCGCCAAACCCGCCGUGCCCCCCAAGCCCCCGGUGGAGCACGCGGCGGGCAGAGUGCAGCUGGCGGCGCAGAAGCUGAAUAGCACGGAGGGGCCGGCGUCCCGGCGAGGAUCAGCGGACACGGGCGUGGCCAGGUGCCGCGCCGACAAGCCGUCCAAGUCUCCGCCGCCGCCGCCUCCUCGCCGGACCUUCCCGUCGCCGCUCGCCGCCCUCAACGACAAGAGCGCCAAGACGGAGGACGGCGAAGCGCCCGAGGCUCCGGUGAAGCUGAGACGGACGCCGUCCGACGCGCCCCGCCCCGCCUCCGCGCUGCCAGACGACGACGUCGGGAAGGACGUGUCGCCGACGCUCGGCGGUUCCCCGGCGUCCGUCCGAGGUCCCACGGUGGCGGCGCGCCUCAAACAUCUGGAACAAGGAGGACGAAAGUCCAAAGAGGAAGUCAGAGCCUUCCCGGGGAGCCAGCAGCAGGUCUUCCACUUCUAGAAGGCGCAGCGGCCCUCCACGGCUGGCGGGGGCGCUGUUUGCCUUUGCCGAAGCCUUUUUCUUUGUCUUCUCUGGGAUGCAAGAUGGCUUCUUUUUCUUUGGAAUUAGCUUCACGCUAGCGCGCAAUAAUCCCGCCGCACCUUUGCGCACCCUCACGGGAGGCAGGCGCUAGGAAGUGUCGUCUCGCCCGCGCACAAUGGACGCUUUGGGGACCUCUGCGGUUUUUCGCAUCGUUUGCAUGACAAUUUGUGUGUCGUCGCGGCAUCAUUUUCAUAUCAUUCCAUCAUCCGGUAAAAAAAAGAAAACUGUUUUUCCAAUUUCGCCAUCUUUGGAUGGCUACCGUGCUCGAAGUUCUACUUUGAAAAAGUCGUCGAUGGUUCAAAAAGACAAGCAAGAGAUCAACUUCACGUCGGCCCGACGCAAACGUCGCUUGGGAUGAAUCGAAAAGAGCAAAAAUACGCGCAAUUAAAAGACAUAAAUCGUGCCGUCCACUCCCCAAAACAACUUUUAAGCGUCCUAAUAGGGACGUCUGACAAAUAGCAAUAACAAAAUGGCUGCCCGGCCCCGGCACUCGGGAUGACGGAUCCCUCUGGUGCAUUGCGGCGACGCGCCGAGGCCAAAAAGUUGCAAAGACGCCGACACGGGUUUGCGUUGGCGCUCGUGCAAAAUCCCAACGUGGCCCCAAAACUCGGGCCAGCGGUGCCGAGUCUCCGGUCCUCCAAGUCCGCCGGCGCUAAUUUGGAAUGAGGACGUUGUUGCGCUCGCAAGAUGUACAGAAAAAGACAAAUACCAUUUAUGUUUUCUACUUGACUUGUUUUCUAUUUUUCUACGCACGUAACACAUCGAUUGUGUAAACGAUUAUUUUUAUGAUUUUUUUUUUUUUUUUUUUUCGGACGACCGCACCCGCACGUCGGUCGCCUUCCGGCUUCCGAUGAGUUGAUGUUCUCCGUCGUCGCAAUUAGAAUUAUUAUCGACAGAUCAAAGUGGCAUGAAAACUGUGAACAAUAUGCACGCCGACCACUGGUCACGAUGACAAGAAUAAUAAUCGUAUGAAUUACGUCAUCGCUGUUGUCAAAACUUGAGUGUUUGGUGAAACGAAAAAGUGGGGCGCGACUCGUGCCGCUCGCUGUGGGGUCCCCGUGACGCCCCCCAACUUGUACUUUUCUACGUCCUCCUCCUGUUUUGUGACAAUAAAAGUGGUCGCCUCGU